ACGUCACGCUACUUGGCAAAACUGACACAAAACGAUUGAGGUUGGUGGUGGCUAACUGGUUAGCUAACUUUAUUUCAACAAUUUAAAUGUUAGCAAACUACGCUCGAGAACACGCUAUCCUUAAGUCAGAGGGUGUUUGUAUCAUCUCAAGAUGGAUUCGGGCAUUUUGAACGUAGAGGAAAUAGUAAUGGGACGGGGAGCUCCGGACCCCCCUGCGAAGGACCCUCCAUCUAAACCUGAGAAACCGUACCCGGCCAUCACCACCAAGCCUCCACUUCCAACUGUCAUUCAACCUUACCAACAUGAGAACCUGCAGUGUUUCCAGUGCUUCAUCACCUUCUGCAACUCCAAAGCCAAGGAGAGGCACAUGAAGAAGAGCCAUCGGGAGGAGUAUAAGCAGCAGCUUCAGCAGGGAGAUACGCUGUUCACCUGCUACGUGUGCGACCGCACCUUUUCAUCCUCUGAAGAGCUGACAGAGCACCAGCCCACCCACAGCAAGGAAGACAAGCCCUUCAAGUGCCCUUACUGUCACGAGUGCUUUCGUACCUUUUCCGAGUUAACAGCCCACAGGAGACAGAUAUGUCCGGAGCGUCAGUUUGUGUGUAAGGACUGCAACGAGACCUUCCGGAACCCUGCACAGCUGCGUGCCCACCGCCUGGCCCAGCACCCUCGUCCCGAAGCGGAGGAAGGAACGGACGCCGAUGACAGCACCAAGACCCAUCGCUGCGGGAAGUGUGCCCGGGGCUUCGAGAAUGAAGCGGAGCUCGUGCUGCACCAGGAAAACCACGCGGGAGACCAGCAAUGCAACGGCAGCGACGCCUCCAAGAAGCGCGCGCGGGCCCUGAAACCAGAAGACGCCGCGGGCGUUGAGAAGAAGGGGAAGUGGAAGAAGAAGAAGGAAGACGAGGAGGUGAAGGAAGAGGUGGAAAGUAGCAACCACAUGGAAGACGCUGGAGCUGCUGUAGCUGAGCCGAAAGCCAAACCAGGUCGAGGGCGUCCACCCAAAGCAGCUGCAGGCAAGGAGGCCGCUGCUGCGGGUGACGGCAAAACCUCAGCGCAGGAGAAGAAACCCAAAGCAGCUCCAUCCCGCCAGCAACGCUGCCCAGAGUGCGACCUCACCUUCCCAGGCUUGGUCCAGCUCCGUGCCCACAAGAAAGAGAAGCACGCAGCAAGUAAAGAGACGGGACAGCAGCCCGCUACUGCAGGCGACGGCCAAGGCCCUGCAGAGGAGGAGGAGGAGGAAGAGGAGAAGAAGAAGAAGCCCAAGGCUGAUGCAUCCCGCCUCCACCGCUGCCCUGAGUGUGAGCUCACCUUCCCUGCCUUGGCCGAGCUCCGUGCCCACAAGAAGGAGAAGCACACCCCCAGGAAGGCCCACCCCUGCGGGGAGUGUGAGGAGAGCUUUGCUCGCCCUGAGCAGCUGGAGGCCCAUAAGGCCCGGGUGCACACCACUGGCCGCUACUCCUGCCCAACCUGCGGCAAAAGCUUUGGUCGGGAGAGCAACAUGAAGGCCCACCAGAAGAGCCACCCGGAGGAGGAGGAGGAGAAGAAGAAGCCAGCCGGACGUAGCAAGAGAUAAUUCAUGGAGGGAGGGAGAGGGAGUGUUUUUUCAAAAUCAUCAAUCAAUUCAUGUAAGGGGGGGGGGGGGUGUUUAGUGGAAAGGGGUUUGAGUUUUGUUUUUACCGUGGGAGUUUUAACUGAUCAGGAGUUGACAGGAAGACCUAGAGUUUGGAGUGGUUUUUGGUAAAUGUGAGGUUUACAAGGCAUGUUGUCGAUCCACUAUCCACUCAGUUAGACUAACCAAAAUAUGUUAAUUUUGUCGUAAACCUGUCUUACUGGGCAUCAUGUUGAUUUCAGCAUUUUAUAAUUGAUUUAUUUUAAACCAUAAUUGUGUUGUGUUUUAUGUUUCUUUUAGAAGUGCUUGUGUGAACUGUGUGUUGAGUGACGAGGCCCCUCUCUAAAAUUAUUUUUUGUCAUGCUUUCUUUCAUCUUUUCGUCUUGGUUGAAAAUGAAAUCUUAACAUUUUUAAUAACUAUUUAAAAAAGGGCCCAAUAAAAUGUCUAAUUCACAAUGUUGUGAAUGUCUGAAUGGCCAAUUGUUUUUAAAGGAAUAAUGUAUUUAUUAACUUUGGGAGUCAUUUGAAGUGAUGAAUUAUCAAACAAAGUACUGCAAUUAUUGAUUAAGAUCUCAAUUAUAUUACUGAAUGAUUAUAGAAUUAUGUAGAGAUUUAAUUGUAACUUCUUUUUUUUUUAGGCCUGUUGGUAAAAUGUUUUAAUUUCAUUUAUCUGCAAAAGCAGACAAAUUAAUCCUGCCACACUCAUAAUUUGAUCACUGUGUUUUUAUAUUGAAGUGUUAAAACGAACCUGACAGGGUUUAAAGACAAGCAGGCAGGAGUGACAGCGGUGGCCUGAAUUCAAUGGUUUCUACGGAUUUUCUUUCACUCCACAAUAAUCCAUCAUGACUGGACACUGCCAAUAAGUAAUAAAGAGAGCUGCCUUGAGGGCUGCAACAAAUCUGUCAAUUAUGUA